AGGGCGGAGGCAAAACCCUAGGGGGCUCGGCUUCGGCGACCUAAACCCUAGCGGGCUUCCAGAAGCUUCCAGAAGGGUCUCGAGGUGUUCCAACGGAGAGCACCGCGCCAUGGACCUGGACCCCGAGGGCCUCUUCCGCGACGACAGCGACGAGGAUGACGACAGCGUCCAGGAGAGGGAGGCCAACAAGGAGAUGGUCGUCUACCUCAUCGACGCCUCGCCCAAGAUGUUCACCCCAGCGACCACCGCCCAGGCAGAUGAUAAGGAGACGCAUUUUUGUACUAUUGUGAACUGCAUCACACAUGCACUGAAGACGCAGAUUAUUGGUAGAUCCUAUGAUGAAGUUGCUAUAUGUUUCUUUAACACUAAAGAAAAGAAGAAUUUACAGGAAUUGGCUGGUGUUUAUGUUUAUAAUGUUACUGACAGAGAACCACUUGAUAGACCUGAUGCAAGGUUGAUUAAGGAAUUUUCUUGUAUAGAAGAUUCUUUCAUGAGCAAUAUUGGAAGUCGGUAUGGAAUAACUGCUGGAUCUCGAGAGAAUACCUUGUACAAUGCUCUUUGGGUUGCACAGGCACUGUUACGUAAAGGAUCUGUGAAGACUGUGAGUAAACGGAUUGUGAUAUUCACCAAUGAAGAUGAUCCUUUUGGUGGCCUUACAGGAUCAGUAAAGACUGAUAUGAUAAGGACAACAAUCCAACGUGCAAGAGAUGCACAAGAUCUUGGCCUGUCCAUUGAACUUCUUCCUUUGAGUAGGCCCGAUGAGGAGUUCAACAUGUCCCUGUUUUAUGCGGAUUUAAUUGGUCUGGAGGGAGAUGAAAUAGUGGAGUAUCUGCCAUCUUCUGGUGAAAAGCUGGAGGAUAUGACUAAUCAGCUGAAAAAACGAAUGAUGAAGAAGCGCAAAGUCAAAACUCUUUCAUUUGCAAUCACCAAUGACAUUUGCAUAGAGGUGAAUACAUUUGCGCUAAUCCGCCCAACUACUCCAGGGGCAAUUACAUGGCUUGAUUCUAUCAGCAACCUUCCAUUGAAGGCUGAAAGGUCUUUUAUAUGCAAUGACACUGGAGCCCUUCUUCAGGAUCCACAAAAGCGCUUCCAGCUGUACAAUGAUAAAAUUAUUAAAUUCUCUGCUCGUGAAUUGUCUGAUGUGAAGAGGGUUUCAAGUCAUCAUCUACGCCUUUUAGGGUUCAAGCCAUUGGACUACCUUAAAGAUUAUUACAACCUAAGACCGUCAACAUUUAUUUACCCCAGUGAUGAGCAAACAUUUGGAAGCACUCGUGUUUUCGUUGCUUUACAUGACUCAAUGCGGCGUCUCAGAAGGUUUGCACUUGCAUUUUAUGGGAAUCCAACUCGCCCACAACUUGUAGCCCUUAUUGCACAAGAAGAGGUUACUUCUGCUGGUGGUCAAAUUGAACCACCUGGAAUGCACAUGAUCUAUCUUCCGUACUCAGACGAUGUUAGAUAUCCUGAAGAGGUUCAUCUGACUUCUGACGAUGCACCUCGUGCCACAGAUGAACAAAUUAAGAAAGCUUCAAAUUUGUUGAGACGUAUUGAUUUGAAGAACUUCUCAGUAUGCCAGUUUUCUAACCCUGCAUUGCAAAGACACUAUGGGAUCUUGGAGGCCUUAGCUUUAGGUGAAGAUGAGAUGCCAGAUGUAAAGGACGAAACCCUGCCUGAUGAAGAGGGCUUGGCUAGGCCAGGAGUAGUUAAAGCUGUUGAGGAAUUUAAGGCUUCAGUGUAUGGUGAAAACUAUGAUCAAGAGGAAGCUGAGGCAGCAGCAACGAAGGCUGGGGCUUCAAAGAAGAGGAAAGCACUUACUGAUGCAGCUGCACUGAAAAGUGCAGCUCAUGAUUGGGCAGAACUUGCAGACACCGGGAAGCUGAAGGACAUGACGGUGGUGGACUUGAAAUCCUACCUGACUGCACAUGACCUCCCAGUUUCUGGAAAGAAAGAGGCACUCGUCAGCAGAAUCUUGACUCAUCUAGGCAAGUGAACUGUCCACUUCGACGGCCUACGUAGAUUUACCAAACUCUGCAAUCUAUAUCUAAAUUUCUCUGAACAUACUGAAGUUUGUACCACAAAUCCUCUCCCUGCUUAAUUAGGCCGUGCCAAUUUUUGUAGCAAUAUGACAACAGCUAACCAAAGUUCGUUUGGUGUCAUGCGCUUUUGUGAGAUGCACACUGGGAUUUCUCUUAAAAAUGUCACCGCAGAGAUCA